AGUCUCCUUUUUUUUUUUCCUGCCCGAGGGGAGAAAUGUCCUUCGUGCGGCUCUCUAAGAAACAGCAAGAUGUACCGGUCCAGCGCUGUCAAUAGGAAAAAGCUGCGCAAACCAUGCAGGAUGAUUUACUGAUGGACAAAAGCAAAACCCAGCCCCGGCAGCAGCAGCAGCAGCAGCAGCAGCAGCAGCAGCAAGAGCCAAACGCAGCGGAAGCCUCUUCCACGCCCCUCUCCUCAGAGACCCCCAAGCCGGAGGACAGCAGCCCAGUGACGAGUCUCAAUCCAACUGCGGCGGCUGCUGCGGCUCCUUCUUCGACGGUUCCCAAUAGCAAGGAGAAGAUGCAGAUGGAAUCCCCGCUUCUACCCGGCUUGAGCUUUCAUCAGCCCCCGCAGCAGGAGCCUGCCGCGGCGCCGGGCACAUCCUUGUCCCCUUCCUUUGGGAGCACCUGGUCGACGGGCACUACGAACGCCGUAGAGGACAGUUUUUUCCAAGGGAUCACCCCAGUCAAUGGGACCAUGCUUUUCCAGAAUUUCCCUCACCACGUCAACCCGGUCUUCGGAGGCACUUUCUCCCCGCAGAUCGGCCUAGCGCAGGCUCAGCACCACCAACAGCAGCAGCCUCCGCCGCCGCCACCGCCGCCUGCCCCGCAGCCUCAGCCGCCACCGCCGCCUCAACAGCAGCAGCAGCCACCGCCGCCACAGCCCCAGCCGCCGCCGCCCGCACAGCCGCAGGCACAGCAGCAGCAGCAGCAACAGCAGCAGCAGCAACAGCAGCAGCAGCGCAGGUCGCCGGUGAGUCCGAACCAGGCGUCCUACACCCAAAGGAACGCCGCGGCGUACAGCCAUCAGCCCAUCAUGACCAGCAAGCCGUCCUCUGCCUCUGCCUCCUCAUCCUCCUCCAGCUGGAACAAUCACCAGAACGCCGCCUGGAGCACCCCUUCCAAUCCCUGGGGCGGGCUGCAAGCUGGCAGGGACCCUCGCCGAGCGGUCGGCGUAGGGGUCGGGGUCGGAGUCGGGGUCGGCGUGCCGUCUCCCCUCAAUCCCAUCUCCCCUCUCAAAAAACCCUUCUCCAGUAAUGUGAUUGCGCCUCCGAAGUUCCCCCGGGCGGCCCCUCUCACCUCCAAAUCCUGGAUGGAGGAUAACGCUUUUCGGACCGAUAAUGGUAACAAUCUGUUGCCAUUUCAGGACCGGAAUAGGCCCUAUGACACAUUUAACUUGCACUCUUUGGAGAACUCUUUAAUGGAUAUGAUAAGGACUGAUCAUGAGCCUCUGAAAGGACGCAUGGGAAUAAAUUUCCAUCACCCAGGAACAGAUAACAUUAUGGCACUUAACAGUCGGUCUUCUCUCUUUCCCUUUGAAGAUGCCUUUCUAGAAGACAGUCAUGGUGACCAGUCUUUAUCAUCAGGCCUGAGCUCUCCAACUCGCUGUCAGAAUGGUGAAAGAGUGGAACGCUAUUCUAGAAAGGUGUUUGUUGGAGGCCUGCCUCCUGACAUCGAUGAAGAUGAGAUUACUGCCAGCUUUCGUAGGUUUGGACCUCUUGUGGUGGACUGGCCUCACAAAGCUGAAAGCAAGUCAUAUUUUCCACCUAAAGGCUAUGCCUUUCUGCUGUUCCAGGAGGAAAGCUCAGUACAAGCUUUGAUAGAUGCCUGUCUAGAAGAAGAUGGUAAACUUUACCUGUGUGUGUCAAGUCCCACCAUAAAAGAUAAACCGGUGCAAAUUCGACCAUGGAACCUAAGUGACAGUGACUUUGUAAUGGAUGGCUCUCAGCCUUUGGACCCCAGAAAAACUAUCUUUGUUGGGGGAGUUCCACGACCCCUUCGAGCUGUUGAAUUGGCAAUGAUUAUGGACCGUCUUUAUGGGGGUGUCUGCUAUGCUGGCAUUGAUACAGACCCAGAACUGAAGUACCCAAAAGGCGCUGGCCGGGUGGCUUUCUCCAAUCAGCAGAGUUAUAUCGCCGCUAUCAGUGCACGGUUUGUGCAGCUCCAACACAACGACAUUGACAAACGGAUAAGAAAACUGACCCUCAGAGUGGAGAGAGCACCGGAUCUGGAGGCAGGAAGACCUCAGACUCUUACUAGCUGUGUGACCCUGGGAAAACCAUUUAACCUCUGCAAGCCUCAGUUUCUUAUCUGUUAUAUGGAGAUAAUAAUAGCUCCUUACAGAACUGAUAUAAAGGCCAUAGCCUCUAUGACUACUUAUUAAAAAUGUUACUCUUAGAAUGGCAUUUUUUUUAAGAGUUGUUGAGAUGGAAACCAUUGCCUUUUAGACUAGUCAGUUUUCCAAAAUCUUGGUUUCCAUUCCUUAAAAUUAGCAGAUUAGGUAAUCUAAGGUCCAUUCUAGCCUUAACAUGCUAAAAAAAUUUUAACUCUCUGAUUUGGUUUGUAAACCUAAAAGUAUAUAGAAAUCACAGUUAUUUAGAGGGUAUUAUUCAUAGAUUUAAAUUAAGUUUAAAAAAAAAAAAAAGAGGUAAAAAACCCCUAGAUAUUUAGCUAUACCAAGAGUGACUUAGCAUCUAUCACCAGUAUAUUUCAGGGCCCAGUGAAAAAUACAUCUUCACCCAGUUUUGUUUGUGUUUUUGCCCUAAAACAUGCAAAAAAAAAGCCUUUUAAAAAUUCUUAACAUGAUAGGUAUCCAAGUAUGUCUAUAUCUUUAUAAAUGAAGAAGGAUGGAUGGGAGGUUUCACUUUCAUGGCACCCUAGUAAUUAAAAAUCCUAGUGCCAAGUGCAGGGCUUCAUAUGUAAUCGCUUUAUAAAUUGUUUCAAUUAAAAGAUUUAUUGGACAUCUACUUUGUCAGAAUGGUUUGCUACAGAGAAAGAAAGUCUAAGCAUGACUCCGUCUUUGCCCUCAUGGAUCUUAUAGUCAAGUAGGACAUAACAUCUUGUUGACAAAUAGCCUUCCCCUUGACCUAUCAUUUCAUUGAAAUUCAAUAAUAGAACUUGGCUCAAGAUCUUCCCAUCUUGAAGUCUGGAUCUCUCUUUCAAUACUUUACUAAACAAGAAUACCCUGAAUACAUUAGAAAAAGGCAAAGCUGAGUGAUAUGUGACGUUCAAGAGAGAAAGUGGGAAACAGGGAGGUGGAAUCACAGCAAAGCAUUUCAUGGAUGAGGAAGUAUUUGAGUUGAACUUUAAGGGACGGGUAUACAUUCUAAGAGGAAGAAAGGAAAUAAAUGGAUAAAUAUCAAAAAAUAUGAUACAUCAGGAAAAUCAUUGCUUUGGAGUCAAGACUUGAAUACCACCUGAUCCUUAUCCUACCACUUGUUCUCAGUGCCGUAUACCACAUUACUUUGUAUAUCCAUUGAUUUUACUUAUACACGAUAUUCCUUCUCUUAUCCCCUUCUCUUGCCUUGAGCAAAACUGUUUCAGUUUUGUCUGAUAUUCCCAGUACCUAGCACUGCGCCAGACACAUGGUAGACACUUAAGAAAGGCUUGUUGAAUUCAGUUGAAACCAGUGGGCCUCUACCUUAUUAUAUCUUGGGACCAGAACUGCAGCUCUCUCAUUUUCUAGUUCUCUUGUACUCUCAUUAGUAUUAUCUUCAAGAAUUUUUGCAGGAAUCUUUUUAAGCCAUUUGCCAGUUUUUUGAAAGCUAGUUUAGAUAAAGCUAGAUAAUACGCUCCAUAGCUUCACUUAACUGAGCACGUACCAACUGCAAUGUGUCACAAUAUUCUAAAAGCAAGCAAAAUAGAGCAUUCCCACCAGCCCCUUUGUUUUGGAGCUCUCCUUCCUCAGCAUAGCACAUGUACUAUAUGUUACAUGCAAUACCUGACAUAUAGAAGCAAUAGUCUCAAUCCCCAUAAUAAUAAUAAUAAGAUUUCUUUUAUUAUAUUUUAAAACAAAAAUAAAUACAAAUGGAAGUCACAACAUUUUCUUUCCAUGUCAUUCUAGUGGAUCGUCUUGCAUCCCCCCUUGCAUGUGUGUACCCUACUUGAAAGACAGCAGGUCUGAUAGUUCCCCUUGGAUAUGCCAUUAUCUCCAUUUUCACUCUAUCUCAGCCACGGUUAGGGAGUGAUAAUAUCUUGAUAUGUCAACCAUAACUCUCCCAACUCUAUACUCCAGAACUCUGAAGUUCCUCAUUCUAACUAAAGCUACUAUGCUUCAAUCUUUUCUGUUGCCUUAUCCCUUCUAAAGCUUUCUUGGCUGCUGUUCUCCCAGCCUGUCACCCUUGCCUUGUUCUCCCUUCCCUAACUUUAUAGUCUUGACAUUGUGGUUCUCUUCUUCUGCUGUGUUCUUAUGAGUCACUUCAAAUUCCUUUCCCCUUUGAUCUCACCUUUGAUCAGAUUUCAGCUCAAGACAAGCCUUACUAAUCACUUCCAGUUUCUACUUACCUGCUGCUCAAUAUUCCUGAAGUUCUGUCUGUGUUUCUAGAACUUUAUCUUAUCUAACCUUAGCUGGGCCCUCCUUUCUGUGCAUCAUUCUUUUUAUUUUUCUAUGACUGACUUUCUGUAAUUUCUCUGAUAAUCUCAGGGGUUCUUAGAUCAUUUACUACUUCUGCUACCUCCUCCCCUUCUAAAGAAAAUCUUCUUCCUACUUAGAAAAUAAAAGUUAUCUGUCAGCAGUCCUUUGUUCUUUCCCUCACCAUUUUGUCCCUUCUUCCUCUUUUUUUCUCUGCUGGCUAGAGCUGCCCCAGCUUUUUUGGCCACAUCUAACACUGUAUAAUAUGUCUUUGAUCAGUUGCCCUCCAUCAUCCUUUCUCUUUCAUCGAUAUUUUCUUCUUAUCCAUACUAUUUCCUUGGUGAUAUUUUCCCAUGAGUUCAUUUUAGCAUCUCUAUGGUAAGGAUUUGGACUUAGAACUACCAUUCAUUCCAAUCCAUUGCCCAUAAAACGCCAAUACAAGUAGUCACCCAUCCCUCAUUGCCUCCCAAGGGAGUCCUCUCCACAUUAGUUACUUCUGAGGACUGGUUUUCCUAAAUCUGAGCCCCAAUCAGCCUCUCUACAACUUCUUCCCAUUGGGUCCUGGAUAAUGCUGCUUCUCCAUGUCCAUCUUUCAGCUUCCCUAAGGCAGUUGCCUUUCUUGCCACCAUGUUCCCUUCUGGAGGCUGAAAGCCACCAGCUUCAACACCAGAUCCUUGUGGGACAUAGUCUUUAGGCUCCUCCUCACUUUAGUUGCCGUUUUCCAGAAAAGCUUCUUCUGGUUAAUGUUGUUCCUAAAAGGCCAUGCUCAGAAGCAAUCACAGCACUCCACAUGGGGGUCUAGCCAGCCUGAAAGACUGUGUGGGGAACAUCACCUCAUCUGCUUUCAAGAUAAGAACAAACUUUAGAGCUCUCAUUUACUUACACUGUGCUUUAAGGUUUGGGAAACUCUUUCCAUAGGUGAUCUCAUUUGGCCUUCCCAACCUGAGGUGCUGUAGCAAAUAUAAUCCCCGAUUUACAGAUGAGGAAACUGAGGACAGGAGGGGAGGAAGUGGCUUGCCCAGAUUCACAUGGCUAUUAACUGUCAAAUGAGAGAUUUAAAUUCAGGUCUUUCUGACUGCAAAUCAAGUAUUCUCUCCAUUUUGCCACCUAGCUGCUCACCUACCUGGAUCUCUCCUUGUCUUCUGAGUGAUCCUUCCUACCAUUCACUCACCAAGGUAGAAAUAGAAUCCUGUGCUUCCACCUGCCUGAUCAUCUCCUUGCCCUGCUCCUAUAUCUUAGCUUUUGCUGUUUUCUUUCCCUGCAAUGCCUUCCCACCCAAGUCCCAGCUCUUCCACCAAGCCCACAUCGGCUUUAUCUUCUCUGCUUUCUGCUAGAAUUCCUGAAGCUGGCAUAGAGUUCUAUGCCCACCAAAUGGUUAUGCAACUGCUUUGUGGCUGUGCCAUGGAUACACAUAUGUGAGUAUCCAUGUGUGUUAUUUAGGUUCUAAGCUCCAUGAGGGUAGAAGUCAUAACGUACCCUUAUUUUGUCUGCUUUAUGUAACAUUAAGCAAUGAAAAAGAACUACAUCUCUCUUGUUGGGGGAGAGAUAGAAUACAAGUGUAAAAUGUCACAGAUGGUAUCAAAAAAUGGCAGUUUUAGUUUUGCUUAAGUGUUUUUUUUGUUGUUGUUACAAGAAGCAGGGAGGGCUUGAGUGUGUAAAGACUUGACUGUAAUGAAAAGGCAUCUGUGAAAUGGAAUAGAAAAAUAUAAACCA